AUGUACUUUGUCAUCUUGUUGACAUUAUAUAUUCUCAUCCUCUGCACUAACGGCACCAUUAUAUGUCUAAUCUGGAUCCACAGGAACCUUCAUGAGCCUAUGUACAUUUUCAUUGCUGCUUUGUCACUCAACUCUCUUUUUGGUGCAGAAGUCAGGAAAAAAGCUACAGAGACAUGUUUACCUCACCUGAUGCAUUGA